AGUUGACUUGUGAGACCGUGUGAUAGAUUGAGGCCUGUACGAAACGCAGUCGCAAGCUGCAGCAAGCCAAAGGCAAUACGGCGAUGGAGGAGGAGCUGGCGGCCCUGGGCGACGUCUGGCACCACACCUUCAGCUACAUCACCUCCAUGUCCCUCAAGUGCGCCGUCGACCUCCGCAUCCCCGACGCCAUCCACUCUCACGGCGGCGCCAUCACUCUUCCCGCCCUCGCCGUCGCCCUCUCCGUCCCUCCGUCCAAGCUCCCCCCUCUCCGACGCCUCAUGCGCACCCUCGUCCAAACCGGCUGCUUCUCCAAGCGGCGCCUUAGCGACGGCGGUGACGAGACCUACUCCCUCACGCGCCUGUCGGCGCUGCUCGUGAGCUCGAAUUCCGCCACCGUGUCACCGUUCGUGCAGGGGAUGCUCCACCCCCUCCUGAUCGACUCGUGGCACUCGCUUGGCCGCUGGUUCCGCGACGACGCCGACGGGAGUCCCCCCACGCCGUUCGCCGCCGACCACGGGAAGCGCUUCUUCGAGGCCGUCCGCGAGCGACGGGAAUUCGCCGCCGAGUUCAACGCGGCCAUGGCGAGCGACUCUCGCACGGUGGGCGAGCUUCUGGUCAAGCACCACGCCGACGUGUUCGACGGCGCCAGGUCCAUGGUCGACGUCGGCGGAUGCACGGGCGCCUUGGCGGCCAUCGUGGCCGAGGCCUUCCCCCACGUGAAGUGCACCGUCCUGGACUUACCCCACGUCGUGGCCUCGGUCGCCGUGGACGCCCAGACGCCAACGAACCUGGAUUUCGUCGGCGGAGACAUGUUCGAGCUCAUUCCAUCCGCCGACCUUCUCAUUCUCAAGUGGAUUCUACACGCCUGGAACGAUGAAGAAUCCAUAAAGAUAUUGAAGCGGUGCAAGGAGGCAAUUCCUUGCAGGGAACGAGGAGGCAAAGUGGUGGUGAUCGAUAUAGUUCUCAGGGAAGAGGAAGCCACAGAGUCUCCGUUCUUCUUCGACAUGCUGAUGAUGACGGUCAGCGGUGGAAUUGAGCGAGAAGAGCGCGAGUGGAAGAAAAUCUUCGCCGGAGCUGGUUUUUCGGAGUACAAGCUUAGAGAUCUGGGAGUCCGGUCGCUGAUCGAGCUCUAUCCUUGACGCCCACGAGAAGAAUGGUCAAAUCUCGUUGUCUAAAAAAAUAUCUUAUGGUCUACAAAAUAAAAUAAAAUAAAAUAAUUGAAAUAUUGUUACGAAUUACUCCCAUUUCUAAACGAAAGCGACGUCCCACGUUCUUUAUCA